UUCGCGGCGGCAGCCAAAGUGACGACGAACGCGGCGACGACGACGACGACGGCACGCGCGGUUUUCCUUUCGCGCAAUUUGGAGGAGAAUAGCUCGCCGGCCGACACUUAUGCUGGCUUUUGUUGGGGUUUUACGAUGCGCGACCGCAACGUACUAGAAUAUGAACGGAGGCUGGCCGGCUAAUCGAGCAGAGAGCGGAUUGUGAUUUGAUUCAGCCAAAUCAGUUCCAACCUAGAGGUGGAGAAGCAAGAACGUUUGAAUCGGGCGCAAAUAUCGGGAUCGUAAAGUCUAACAAGUCGACUGAGGUGCUAAUUCGGAAGUUCGGUCGUUAUUGGUGCGGAACUUGUUGCUAAUUCGGAGUCGGGCAGCCCCCGGUCAAGGGUAGUUCCGUUGUAGCUAGCCAGCUUUGCGCGCUGGAAGACACUGCCCGAGGCGACCUGGCACAACGAUCGAGAACUGUACAUUGCGUAAAAACGUAAAAGGCGCUACGCAUCGCGGACGAGUUUGAUGGCUUUUGCGGAAGAAGGAAAACUAGUCGGAGCAUAAGUCGUGUGCCAAUUCGUGACAGGACGUCGAUCGAAACGGAUUAGACCGGUGAGAAGAGCAGUCAACAUGACUGCGGAAAGUGUUAAUGGUGUGAAGAAAGAAGAUGAAUCAAAGCCCGACAAUGACCCUCAACUUAGCUGCUGUCAGCGAACACUUCUUUUCCUCAAAGUAUACUGGAAAUCGCUGUUCGUCCUCCUGGUGCCAACGGUAGCCGCCCUGCUAUUCGCCGUCGAUUCCUCGCCAGCCUUCCGAUGUCUCUACGUAGUGAUUGUGAUGUCCCUUCUGUGGGUAACGGAAGCCCUACCAUUACCCGUCACGUCCAUGUUGCCCAUCGUCCUAUUUCCUCUGAUGGGAAUUCUCAGCACCGCCAAAACCUGUACCGUCUACAUGAAGGAACCGAUCAUCAUGUUCAUUGGCGGAAUUGUUCUCGCGCUGGCCAUCGAGCACUGCAAUUUGCAUAAGCGAGUAGCUCUGAAAGUGAUAGCACUGAUUGGAUGCAGCCAGCGGAGAUUGCAUUUUGGGCUGAUCGUUGUCACUAUGUUCCUGUCCAUGUGGAUCUCCAAUACGGCCGCCGUUGCCAUGAUGUGCCCCAUUGUGCAAGCUGUGCUGCAAGAGCUAGAAUCUCAAGGUCUAUGUCAAAUGUAUGAGAGCAAUGACUGUAUUGAAGAAACUGAGGGUGGAGCUAAUAAAGACAAAUCGAAAGAUGAGCGUAAAAAACCUUCACAAACUACGCUCUGUUAUUUCUUAGGAACUGCAUACGCAUCAAGCAUUGGAGGAUGUGGCACGAUCGUUGGAUCUGGCACCAAUCUUACCUUCAAGGGACUCUACGAAAACCGUUUCCCCCACGCUCCGGGAAUAGACUUUCCGGAUUUCAUGUUCUUCAAUGUGCCGCUGAUGCUGUUGAAUGUGGUGCUCGUGUGGACCUAUCUGCAGUGGCACUUUAUGGGACUGUUCAGGCCAAACAGUGAACAGGCAAAACAUUCCGAGAUUGGCCGAGAAGGGGAAGCCGUGGCCAAACGGGUCAUUGAAACUCGGUAUAAGGAGAUGGGACCGAUGACGUCCCAUGAGAUUAGUGUUGCCUUUUUGUUUAUUCUUUCGAUAGUCUUGUUCUUUACUCGAAGUCCUGGGUUUGUCAGAGGAUGGUCGGAUAUUUUCCCGGGAGUGAAAAUUAAGGAUGGAACACCCGCAAUACUGAUUGUCAUUGCGUUAUUCAUAGUUCCUGCCGAUUGGCGGUGGUUAAACUACUUCAGGAAGAACUCAGGACCUCUUCCCAAAGAACCAUCGCAAGCGCUCAUCACGUGGAAAUAUGUUAACCAAAAAGUCCACUGGAGCCUCAUAUUCCUACUCGGAGGAGGAUUUGCACUCGCCGAAGCCGGACAGGUGUCCGGUAUGUCAGCUCUCUUGGGAAAAUCCCUAUCCGGACUGCAGAGCCUUCCCCCACUAGCUUUACUCUUCGUUGUUUGCCUAGCAGCCCAGGUUCUAACCGAAUUCACCUCGAACGUUGCUAUUUGUAACAUUUUGCUUCCUGUAUUGGCUGAAAUGGCACUAGUCAUCAAAACCCAUCCACUAUACCUGAUGCUUCCGGCUGCGAUGUCCUGCAGCUUUGCAUUCCACAUGCCUGUGGGAACACCACCGAAUGCGAUCGUAGCCGGAGUGGGACGCAUUGCCAUCAAAGAUAUGGCCCUGGCCGGCAUCGGACCGACAAUCAUCACCCUGGUUGUAAUGUGGCUCGGUUUCCCUACGUGGGGUUCCGUCGUGUACCCGGAGAUCAACACUUUUCCGGACUGGGCUGCGCUGGAUGCAGUCAACUCAACCAUCCACCAUUGAUAUAGGUGUGGAUUCCGGUGCAUUUAGUUUUAGAGUAUUUACACUGAUGAGUUUUUGUUAAUAAAUUAUUUUAAUACGUCGGCUGUUUUGA